CUAAUAGCAGUUGAUAACAAAACAAAGUCGUAACAGCCAGUAGGUAAUAGGUAUCAUUGGACAUUGACGUAAAACUAGUAAAAAAUAAGAACUAAACUUUUAAUUAUCCAGAUAUUCAGUAACUUAUCGAUUUAAAAAUGGAAAUCAAUGAUCCUUAUUUGAAGUGUAAAUAUAUUGUGAAGAAAUGGGAAAACGAGUUUAUCAAGACAAACAGUUGCAAUCCUAAAAAGGUAAUUUAAACUAGGAACUUAUAUAAAAUAAUAGUAUACCUUGAUAAUAUAAAAGACUUCUUUAAAAUUAAAAGCGUUUUAUAUUUUUAUUUUAGGAGGAUAUAAAAAAAGCCGAACCUAAAGUGCGACAUGCAUAUAAAAUGUACUGGAAAAUAAAGACUUCUUUACUUGAAAAAACCUUGAUUGAUAGUUUAGAUGGUACAGACGAUUCAACAAUUAAUGAGAAAUUAUUUCUUAAUAAUAUUGAUGACCAGGUACAAGAAAAUAAACCAACUGAAAAUAAAAAUGAUAAUUUAUCUGCAGAUAUAAAUAAACCAUCAGUUUGGGGUAAACAUUUGAAUAACAAGUUAAAGCCUGCAAAAGAAAAUGUUGUUAAACCUGCUGAAAAUAGUAUAUCUGUACGAUUUUCAAAAAAAUUAUUUGAUGGUUCUGAUUUUAAAAAAAGAAAUCCUAGAAAAAGUUUUUCAAAGAAAAAAGCUAGUGAAUUAGAUUGUUCACAAAAUGUAUCUGAUUGUAUAUCUAGCCUUACAUCUAACGAUUCAAAUACUCAAGAAGAUAGUGCAUUUCAUGAUGAUUCUAACUUAUCUACUUUUGUGGUGGAAUCUGAUGUAUCAAUAAAUAAUACAGUUAAAGUUUCUAACACAACUAGUUUCAUAUCACAACCAUUAAGUAUUUUUAAAAAAUCAUCAACUAGCUUUGAGACCAAUCCUAAAAUGUUUACAGUAAAUAGAAAACUAGAUGAAGGUUGGUUAGAAAGAUGUAAUGAAAAUAACUCUAAAAUUACUAAUUUUGACUAUGUUCAACCUGUUGUAAAACAAUUUGAAGAGAUUGAAAGUGAUACAGAUAUUGUUUAUGAAAGUGAUAAUGAAACAAAAGAUAUUCCCCUAUAUUCAUCUCAAAGGAUUAAAGCUCAAGAAGUUAAUGGUGAUGGUGACAAUAAUGUGGUUCAGGAGACUUUAAGGAGUUCAAAAAAAAGGUUUAAUUCUGAUGAUAAUUUAGAAGAAUAUCAGGUAAAAGUUUUAAAAAUCCACAAUCUUGACAGAGUUCAGAUAUCAAUUAAAGAUAGUCGUAAAAAAACAUUAUUAGAAUCAAAGGUUUCUAGUGGAAAAGCUAAUGAAAACUUUGUAAGGUUAGACAUGAAAAGAAAAAUUUAUAGUCGUGGAAAAAAAUCAGUUAAAACAACUACGUAUAAGAAAAAACAAUGGAAAAAUAAAAAGAAAGAAUUAGGUGAAGAUUUUACAGCUACUGAUCGAACAUCUUUAUUUAAAUGCUUUAAAUGUGGUGAUAUUGGACAUUCUUCUAAAAAUUGUCUCAAAAGUGUGUGCUGGGGCUGUUUUAAAAUUAUAUUUUAUAUUUAAAAAUAUAAUUUUUUUAUAGGUAAUGAAUUAAUUCCUUUGGAAGAAAUUGAGGAAGAUAAAAGUCCAUUUCUUACACUUGAAGAAGCUGAAAAAUUAGCUCUUGAAAAAAAAGAAAUGGCUCACAGUAAGAAAUGGGCUAGGGAAUCAAAAAAUCAAAUAUUGGUGAUUUGAAUUAUUUAAUUAAUUAUUAAUUAUUUUAUAUAGUUGUAUAGGUAUAUAACUUUAUUAUUUUAGGAUUGUUCUGUUGAAUAUCCAGUAAUAUUAGAAAAUAAACAUGAAAACGUACCUCCGGUAUAUGAUCUUAUAGAUGAUUCCAUUAUUGGUAUUUACUCAUUACUAUUUAGUAUUUAAAUUUAAAAUGUUUUAUAUUUAUAAUAUUUGAAAUAAUAUUAGACACACCAGAUGAAGUAUAUGAAACCUUAAAUAUAUUUGGUCAUACAAGUUUCCGUCCAGGUCAAGAAAAAGCAAUUAUGAGAAUUCUCUCUGGACUUUCAACUUUAGUCACAUUAUCAACAGGGUCUGGAAAAUCAUUGUGUUAUCAGUUACCAGCGUAUCUAUAUAGUAAAAAAUCAAAAUGUAUUACAUUAGUUGUUUCCCCUCUCAUAUCAUUGAUGGAAGAUCAAGUAAAUUUGAAUUAAAUGUAUUUUAAAUUAAUUAAGAAAAUGUACUUAAUUUAAUUUAAUUUAAGGUUGAUGGAAUAAGUGCAGUUAAUAUAGCAUGUUUACAUAACAAUCAAACUCCAAAAGAACGAGAUAUUAUUGUUGAAAAACUGGUUAACGGAGAGUUAUCAAUACUUCUACUGUCACCUGAAGCUGUUGUCUCUGGAUUUAAUACUGAAUGGUUAUCAAAACUUCCACCCAUUGCAUUUGCAUGUCUAGAUGAAGCACAUUGUGUUUCUCAGUGGUCACACAAUUUUAGGCCAUCAUAUCUAAUGAUUUGUCAAGUAAUAUAUAUACAACAAUUUAUAUUUUUGGAAUCUAUAUAUUAUUUUUAAUUCAGGUUUUGAGAGACAAAUUUGGUGUAAAAACAUUUCUGGGUUUAACAGCAACUGCAACUGUUUCGACUGUUUCAAGUAUUGCUAGUGAAUUGAUGUUAGCGGAUGAUCCUAAUACAAUUAUUAAAGAUACACCUUUACCUGAUAAUCUUAUGUUGAGUGUGUCAAGAGACAAAAAUCGUGAUGAGGCGUUAAUAAAUUUAUUGAAUGGAAAUCGUUUUAAAAAUUGUAGUUCAAUAAUUGUGUAUUGUAUUAGACGAGAAGAAUGUGAACGUAUUGCUUCUUUAAUAAGAACUGCUUUUCAGGUAAUUUAAGGAGCAUAAUGUAUAAUUUAUAAAUAUAUUUUAUUUCUUGAAUUAUUAAUUAUUUAUCUGAAAUAUUAAUUAGUCGAAACAUAUCAAUGGUAAAAGAGGACAGUUAUCAAACAUUUCUGAACCAUAUCAUGCUGGAUUAACUGCAGCAAAAAGAAAACGUACUCAAAAGUAUUUUAUGAACGGUAAUAUAUUAUACAAAUUAUGUAGUAUUGAAAAUAAGUAUUAAUAUUAACCUAUCUUAUUAUUGUUAUUUUAUAGGUCAACUUAAAAUUGUUGUGGCUACUGUUGCUUUUGGUAUGGGAAUAAACAAGUCAAAUAUACAAGGUAUUAUACAUUAUAAUAUGGCAAAAAGUUUAGAGAGUUAUGUACAAGAAAUUGGUCGUGCAGGACGUGAUGGGAAUAUUGCACAUUGCCAUAUGUUUUUGGAAUCUGAGGUAGGAUUAUUAAAUAUGUAUGUUUAUAUUUUAUUAAUUAUUUUGUCAAUUUAGGGAAAUGAUAUUGCUGAAUUAAGUCGUCAUAUAUACUCUAAUUCAGUUGAUCGUGCUUCUAUUCGUAAAUUACUUGAAAGAGUUUUUGUUGAGUGUAAUUGUAAGAACAAUGAAUGCAGUAAACAUGAAGUAGCUUUUGAAAUAGAAGAUACUGUGACUAGUCUUGAUAUGAAACAAGAAAAUAUUCAAACACUUUUAUGCUAUCUUGAGCUAAAUACUAAGAAAUUAGUGAAAAAUUUGCCAUUAUCUUAUACUCAUUGUAAAAUAACAUCUUAUAAAGGACCAUUAUUUUUAAAACAAUUAUCAAAAACUGUAAGUACCAUUAAUAUUUAAUUAAAUUCACCAAAUUAUAAUUUUUUUAUAAUAUUAUAAAAAUUGGAAAAAUAUGUAUAAAUUUAGUGUCCACCACUUGCUGUUGCUUAUGCAUUGAAAGAAAACUCAGGAAAAUCUAUCAGUAAAUCAGAUCAAUUAGAUUUUUCAAUUUUCCAAGUGGCUGCUGCCAUAGGAUGGGACAGUGGCAUUAUUAAAAAAGAAUUGAAAAAUUUGGAAUGGUCAAAUAGUAAGAUUUUUAAUUUUUGUACUUAUAAAAAUGAAAUAAAAAUAUAUUUGAGUAAAAGGUACAUAAAACAAAUAAUAAUUUUAUAAUAUACAAAUAAGCAAAGGUAUAGGAUGAUUUGGCAACAAUUUUCAGCAGGUUAUGGUGUAUCCUGUCAUUAUAGAUGGGUUGGUAGUAACCACAGCUAUAGAUUGCACAAUGGUUUAUCCAUAGACUUAUACAUCUAGACUGAACAUUCACCUGAGGACUGGGAGGUGUGGUCAGUCUAAGCAGAUCAAGAUAGAUAGGCUGGUAUAAAGCCUAGUGUGGGAGAGAGCUAAUUUGCACUACGAGGAUAGCUAUUUAAACACUUUGUUUAUUAUCUCACAUGUUUCUGUCCUCAUAAUGAAACUCCAUCCACUGGAAUGCGUUUUCGUACUGAAUAUACUGUAUAGGUGUAUUACAUAAUAUUGGUGGCUACAUGUAGCUUAGACUAUUGUCGUGUACUAUACUGAAAAUUUAAUAUACACUAGAUAGGGCUAGGCACCCCUAAGUUUUCAACACACUUGUAAAUAAGAACAAUAAUUGUGUCUUUGUUUGGACUCCAUGACAGGACAUCAUUUAAUACUCUAAUCUAUAGCUGUGAUGGUAAUAAUUUGAAUAAAAUAAUUUUUUAAAGUUCAGAGAAAAAAAGUUAAGUCAAUUAGCCAUAACAUUAAUAAUCAAUUAGCGACUAAGAUUAUAGCCAGCUACAUAAUUAUAGGUAUUUUUCUCUGAGCUUUAGAAAAUUUUUAAGUCACAAAUUUCAUGAAAAUGAAAAGUUGAAAUGUCAAAAUUGUCAAAAGGCUAAACUUUAUUAAAUGGCUAUCUUUAAAUUUAUCAAAAAAUCUUUUUAUUUUUUUUUUUAACCAAAAUAUACAAAUUCAAUUGAAAUAUAAAUAUUUUUAGUCCUUAUUUCUGCAAAUAGUACAAAAAAUAAAACAAAACUUGAUUAUCUUUAUUAUCUCAGGAGAUAUUGCAAUGGGUAUAUUUGUGUAGGACACUCGGUAUAGUGAAAUAAUGUUCUAAUGCUUACAUAUUAUCAGAAUCUAUUAAUUUGUAGAUACAUUGUUAAUAAAAAAAUGUUUGAAGUCUAGCUCUUGAGGUCAACCAACCAUGGUGUACUGUACCAGACUAAUAUUCUUAAUAGAUUGAGUGUUUUUCAAAUUUAAUGAAACAUAUUAGCAGAGCAUUCUCCAUUAUAGGUUUUAAACCAAUAUUGAAAGACAUUGAUGAUAAGUUUCAAUUCUUUGAAUGUUGAUAUAAUUGAUAUUAAACAAAAAAAAAGUCAUUUUUAAUUUAUAAAUUUACCAAUUUGACAAAAAUAUAAAAUUGUACAAUAUUUUACUCAAAACAAUGAGACCUCAGAAGUCUAACUUCAACAACAAUAAAUAUUGUUUAUAUAAGUUUUUAUUAUUUUCAUUGUAAUUUUUCUUUUAUUCUAAUAAAUUAUUAGUACCUAUCAUUAUUAAUAUUAAAUUGUUAAGUCUUAGGUAUAAAGGUAAUUUGUUUAAAUUAUUAUUUUACAAUAUUCAGUACAUGCAAUUUUCAGUUUAAAUAAUAAGUAUCGUGGUUUAAAUAAUUUUUAAUUCUAUAUAAAUGGUUUUAUUUAUUUAUUUUUAGGCAAUGGAAAAUUUCAUAAAAGUGGUGUACUUGUGGAAUUUUCUUGCCUUGGCUUUAGAGUAUUAGCACCAGGCAAUAUGGAUGCAGAACUAUUAGAUUCAACCCUUUGCAAUUUAUAUAGUUUAUCACAUCAACAAGAAAUUAAAUCACUUUCUGAGUUACAAAAUUGUUUCAAAACAUUUAUGAGGUAUAGAAGAUACUUAACUGUUGUUUUAAUAUUUUUUUAUCUUAUUGUCUUUAUUGUAUUGUCUAGUGCUUCAACACCUACAUAUACCGAGUGUUGUGAUGAAGUUAAUUUAGACUUGUGUCAACAUUUAAAGAAAUCUGUUAGAGAAUAUUUUACAAUUGAAAAUUUAUCAUUGCUUUUUGAAAAACAAGUAUGUUGUUUAAUUUUUAAUAUUAUGUGUUGUUUAAAAGGGUUUGUAAUAUUAUUUUGCUUUCUUGUAUUUUGUUCAAAUUUUAGGAAGAAGUAGUUUUAAAACAAACAGAUGAAAUUCAAAUUGCUUCUGAUGUCAACCGAUUAUUAAAUAGUUACAUUGAUUGUAAGUUCACUGCUCGUUCUAUAGCUAGAAUAUUUCAUGGUAUUGAAAGUCCUAAUUUCCCAGCAUAUGUUUGGGGACGAUCCCCAUUUUGGCGCAUUAAUAUAAAAAUUGAUUUUAAUAUUAUAUGUAAAAUUGCUCAAAAGCAAAUAAUUUCUAAUCUAAAAUAACUUUUAUUUGAACUAAAACAUUAAAAAAUAUAUUAAUUUUUUAUAAUUUAUAAC